GAAUAUUUAUUUUCUGUUAAAGACCUAGGAAUUUUAUCUCUCAAACAGUCACUGACACCGCCCCGUGUCCGCGAUGGCUCUUCUCCGGCGAGACGCCCUGGUAACCAGGCAGCUGCUGCGGUUGGUUCUGUUACACACGGCCUGGGAGGUGGGCAGCGGCCAGGUCCGUUAUUCCGUGCCGAAGGACUCCAAACACGGCACCUUUGUGGGCCGCCUGGCCCAGGACCUGGGGCUGGAGGUGGCGGAGCUGGUGCCUCGGAUGUUCCGGAUGGUCUCCAAAGACAGGAGAGACUAUUUUGAGGUAAAUUUGCAGAACGGCGUUUUGUUUGUUAAUUCGCGAGUAGACAGGGAAGAGCUGUGCGGCCAGAGCCCCCUGUGCGCCAUUGACCUGGAGGUGAUAGUGGACAAACCCCUAAGGAUAUUUCACGUGGAAGUGGAGAUACAGGAUAUAAAUGAAAAUGCUCCUGUUUUCUUGGUACAAGCGCAAAAUCUAGUUAUCUCAGAAUCGAGACUGUCGGGUUCGCGAUUCCCACUAGAGGGCGCGUCUGAUGCAGAUAUUGGUACAAACUCUCUGCGAACCUAUAAACUCAGCCUAAAUAAUUAUUUCACUUUAGAUGUGCAAGUAAAAAAUUACCACAGUACAUUGGCGGAACUUGUGCUUAAGAAAUCUCUGGACAGAGAGGAAAUUCCUGAGCAUCGUUUAUUGUUCACCUCCACUGACGGGGGCAAACCGGGGCUCACAGGCACAGUUCAGCUGGUGAUCACUGUGCUGGAUGCGAAUGAUAACGCGCCUAUAUUUAACCAAUCUGUUUAUGAGGUGAGUUCGUUAGAAAAUGCAGGUCAUGGAACGUUAGUCAUUACACUUAAUGCGACGGACUUGGACGAAGGAAUUAAUAAAGACAUUUCAUACUCCUUUAGUGAUCUCCCAUUCAGUGUGAGAAAAAUAUUCAGCAUUGAUGCUUAUACUAGUGAGAUCCGACUUAAAGGAGAAGUCGAUUAUGAAGUCAAAACCCUGUAUGAAAUUCGAGUGGAAGCCAGAGAUAAAAGCCCGUUUCCUUUGGCUGGACAUUGCAAUGUUUUGGUGGAAAUUUUGGAUAUUAACGAUAAUGCCCCUGAGUUAACAAUAACGUCUCAUUCUCUGCCGGUUCCAGAGGACGCUCCCCCGGGGACAGUGCUGGCUCUUAUUAGCGUCUCUGACCGGGACUCGGGAGACAACGGCAAAGUCACCUGCUCCAUCCCCCCGAACCUGCCCUUUCAGCUCGUCUCCACCUUUAAGAAUUAUCACUCGCUGGUGCUGGCGGAGGCCGUGGAUCGGGAGCGAGUGUCUGAAUAUAAGAUCCUGGUGACAGCCAGAGACGAAGGGGCCCCGUCUCUCUCGGCUAGCAGUAGCAUUUUGGUGCCGAUCGCGGAUGUGAACGAUAACGCCCCCGCUUUCGCACAGCCCGUUUACUCGGUGUUCGUGAAGGAAAACAACCCGCCCGGGGCCCAUCUCUUCACCGUGUCGGCCUCGGACCCGGCCCUGAGGGAAAACGCCUUUGUGAACUACUCGGUGGUAGAGCGAAGUGUGGUAGAGCAGUCCUUGUCCGGCUACUUCUCGGUGCACUCGGAGAGCGGGCACAUCUAUGCCUUGCAGCCCUUUGACUACGAGGAGCUGCAAGUGCUGCAGUUCCAGGUGAGCGCGAGGGACGCCGGGUUCCCGUCGUUGUGCGGGAACGUGACUGUGCAGCUCUUUGUCCUGGAUGAAAAUGACAACGCGCCCGCAGUGUCCCCGGCUGGCUCCGGCCGCGGCUCGCCAGGGCCCGAGCUGGUUCCGCUGUCGGAAGAGGAAUAGAAAUACAAGGAAUGACAAGAAUACAAAGAAAAGAAGAGAAACGUGAAUUUGAUCCUAGGUAUCCCUGGACAAGGAAGAGAAACAACAUAUGAGAGCUGCCUGUAAUCCACUCACACAUAUCAGUUUUGUAAGGCGCUUAGAUACCAUGGCGUUGGGCAUAGUAUAAAAUAUAGAUAAAUAUAUUUCAUCUUCUUUUAUUAAACUGAUCUGUUGUUGGUACCAGCUGCACUUCUAUUUAAAAGUGACUUGUUAUUAGUAGGAAUAGAAAUUGAUCUUUUUAAAAGGGAAAACUUAGUUGUUUCACAGUUUAGCUGUUGGUAACAAAUUUUACUCUCCAUUAAAAUUCUUGUUCCUUCUACUGACAAAUGCUGGACACUGGCUCAAUAAAUGAUAAACAGCAACCCAGGAAACAAUAGAAGAACAUUUUAUUUUCCACUGCAUUUAUCUUCGUGUGCCCCAAAGCAUUUUACAGGGUUACGGUAAAUUAUACGACUACGGAGUUAAAUAAUAAAUAAUAGAAAAAAGAAAG